AGCCUUCCAGCUCUGCCUUACUCAACAGACGCCCUUGAGCCCUAUGUUGACAAAGAGACAAUGGAGCUUCACUACAACAAGCACCAUCAGACGUAUGUGACCAACCUCGUGAAGGCACUGGAGAAAGCGCCGGAGUUGAAGGAGAUGGAUCUGAAUGAGUUGCAGCGGGCAGUGGGCACAGAGAGGGUGCCCAGGGAGGUCCAGUCAGCUGUGCGCAACCAUGGAGGGGGCCAUUGGAACCACAGCUUCUUCUGGAAGGUCAUGGCGCCGGCAAAAUCAGGCGACGCAGACUUUGUCAAGUCGGCGUCCCCGGAGCUGAAGGCAGCCAUUGAGAAGACCUACGGGUCUGUGGACAACCUGCAGAGGAAGUUUGGCGAUGCUGCGCUGACGGUGUUCGGGAGUGGGUGGACUUGGCUUGGGGUGGAUUCACAGGGCGGCCUUGUAAUCACAACCACCCCCAACCAGGACAAUCCACUGAUGGAGGCAGCAGUGGGGGGACAGUCGCACAGUCCCCUGCUGGGGCUGGACAUGUGGGAGCACGCCUAUUACUUGAAGCACCAGAACAAGAAGCCAGAGUACAUCAAGGACUGGUGGAAUGUGGUGAACUGGCGCCAGGUCAGCGACAACUAUGACCUGGCACAGCAGGGCAGGGACCCCUCAGGGACCACCCUGGCCGGCCGUGAGGGGGUGGCCCGGGCACUCUAG